UCUUCUUCCCCCCAAUCCCAAUUCCUCUCCUCCAGUAGAAUAAUUGAAACUUGUUCUAACAACCACCACUCUCUGUAGCUUUCGCUCUCUCUCUCUGUCAUUCCCAUCCUUCUGCGCGAGCCAUGUACCGUCCGAUGUGGGCUCAUCCGACUCCUCCCGCCGGCCCUCAGCGGUGGCAAGAGACUUGGGCGCGCCUCCUCACUCCUUUGACCCUUUGGAUAUGCGGCAUUUUCGGUGAGUCUUCGGUACGGGUAUUAUGGCGACCGUCGGAUGGAGCUUGGGCCGAACUCCUCUCGCUUGAUGAAGGCUAGCGCUGUCUUUGUAGAACAUGUUGAAGUGAGAGAUGUUGACAGGAAAGGGGUCUCUCUCUAUGCUUUCUCUGAAGAGCCUGAAUUGAGCCACCAAACCAAUUGGACUGUCUCCAAUUACUUGAUUGUUGGCUCCUAUAGUCGCAAGGGAUUUUCCUUCUGGUUAAACAAGGGUUCAAGGAUAUCCAUGAGAGUGGAAGCUCAUGCUACUACAUUAAAUAAACUCCAAGUUGUUAUGCUUAAAGGGGAACAAAAGAUUGAAAUAUUGCAUCCGGAACAUACAAGUUCUCAAGAUGGCCUUGCCUCUAUGGAACCCAAAAUCGGUAAAGAAGCUGAGUACAAUAUUGAGGAAGAUGACAAGUACUACCUUGACAUCAUUAACACAAAACCUAGAGGCAUAAUCAUAACACUGAAUGUAAAUGUUUCGUCAACGAUGUAUGACAUUACGAAAGCUAAGGCCGUCUGCUCAACAACAAAGGGUUCGUGCCGGCUCAGACUAGUAUUCCCCAAUACUCAUUAUGUCAUACUAACCACACCUAACUAUGGGGAUCUUGGUGAUUGGUACAUUGAGCUUUCAUUCGUGGCCCGCGUCGUAACCUACAUUGCAAUUUUAGGGUUUAUUGUGGUGACUAUUUUUCUUAUAUUGAAAUACCUUGGCGCCUGUGAUGUUGAGAGUAGUACUCUAGUAGAAAGAGUAGAGGAAGAAGUUAAUGAGACUUACCCUAUAGUGCCACAGAAGAAUAUUCGACAGACAUAUGGGACAAAUGAAGAAGAUGAAGAAGAUCCAGGAGCCUCUAGUAGCUCCUCAGAGGAAUUAUAUGAUGAAAAAUUAUGCAUAAUUUGUUAUGAUGAGCAGCGCAACUCCUUCUUCGUUCCCUGUGGUCAUUGUGCCACCUGCUAUGACUGUGCUCAGAGGAUUAUGGAUGGGGAGAAUAAGGUCUGUCCAAUAUGUAGAAGGCUCAUUCACAGAGUGAAAAAAUUGUUUAACCCUUAAAGCGAAGGCCUUGAUUGUGAAUUUUUGUGAUUAGUAGGUUGAGAGGAUUUUAUUUUUUUUGUGAGUGUGGAAAGAGAAAAAUUGUAUCUGUAGAGAGUGAGUGUCAUCAAACUCUUGUGCUCAAAUCCACUGCCUAAUUUCUCAAUAUGCCUCAUGAAUUGUUCUUUCUCGGAUCAAGCUGCACAGAAGAGAGUGACUCUGGUGUGAAUUAUUUAUCGGCCAACACUAGUGCACGAAGGAAAAGCUCUCUUUAGUAUACUCUAAUGCUUGAGAAAGAGAUCCAUGAAAAUUUUAGAUGAGACCCUGUUAAGUGCUUGUGUUGGAUACUUGUUCAUUGAGAGAAUGUAGAUUGCAUCAAGUCUGUGAAAAUUCAAUCACUGGAAGAGAGUCUGUUUA